CGGGGCGGGUGACUCGGUAACCUGUCGCUCAGGUUCCUCCUCUGUGUCCCGCCUCGCCCGGCCCGCCCGGCCGCCGAGGUCCUGCCCGACCGUGGAGAGAGACUGCGGCGGCCCGGCGCGCACAGACGGGCGGACGGACGCGCCGACCGGGACGGCGAGCAGGUGCGGCCGAACCCUGGGCCCGACUGACUCGGGCGGACGCUGUGCUGUCUCCUCGGCGCGGCGCCGGCAGUACCAAGGACACCAUGAGCCAGUUGGGCCCCAUGAGCUGCUGCCCGGGCUCCACUAAUGGCAGCCUGGGCCGGUCAGACCGUGUGGCCAAGAUCAGCGCCAAGGACCUGUUCGAGCAGAGGAAGAAGUAUUCCAACUCCAACAUCAUCAUGCACGAGACCUCUCAGUACCAUGUCCAGCACCUGGCCACGUUCAUCAUGGACAAGAGUGAGGCCAUCACCUCCGUGGACGACGCCAUCCGGAAGUUGGUGCAGCUGAGCUCCAAGGAGAAGGUCUGGGCCCAGGAGAUGCUGCUGCAGGUCAGCGACCAGUCAGUGCGGCUGCUGGACAUCGAGACGCAGGAGGAGCUGGAGAACUUCCCACUGGCCACAGUGCAGCACAGCCAGACGGUGCUCAACCAACUUCGCUACCCCUCAGUGCUGCUCCUGGUGUGCCAGGACUCCGAGCAGAACAAGCCCGACAUCCAUUUCUUCCACUGUGACGAGGUGGAGGCUGAGCUGGUGCAGGAGGACAUCGAGAGUGCACUGGCCGACUGCCGGCUGGGGAAGAAGAUGCGGCCGCAGACCCUGAAGGGACACCAGGAGAAGAUCCGGCAGCGGCAGUCCAUCCUGCCCCCCCUCCAGGGCCCAGCCCCCAUCCCCUUCCAGGACCGGGCAGGGGACUCCCCUCAUGCCAAGAACCGGGUGGGCCCCCCGGUGCCGCCCCAAGACCCAGCAGGCUUCCGUCGCCGGGAAUCGCAGGAUGAGGAGCCGCGGGCGGUGCUGGCCCAGAGGAUAGAGAAGGAGACGCAAAUCCUCAACUGCGCCUUGGACGACAUCGAGUGGUUCGUGGCCCGGCUGCAGAAGGCGGCAGAGGCUUUCAAGCAGCUGAACCAGCGGAAGAAGGGGAAGAAGAAGGGCAAGAAGGGGCCCGCAGAGGGCGUCCUCACACUGCGGGCGCGGCCCCCCUCCGAGGCCGAGUUUGUCGACUGCUUCCAGAAAACCAAGCUGGCCAUCAACCUGCUCGCAAAGCUGCAAAAGCACAUCCAGAACCCCAGCGCCGCGGAGCUGGUGCACUUCCUCUUCGGCCCGCUGGACCUGAUCGUCAACACCUGCGGAGGCCCGGACCUCGCGCGCUCGGUCACCAGCCCUGGGCUCUCCCGCGACGCCGUGGGCUUCCUGCGCGGCCAUCUGGUCCCCAAGGAGAUGUCGCUGUGGGAGUCGCUGGGGGAGACCUGGACGCGGCCCCGGUCCGAGUGGCCGCGCGAGCCGCAGGUGUCCCCCUACGUGCCCCAGUUUCACAGCGGCUGGGAGCCGCCCCUGGACGUGCUGCAGGAGGCGCCCUGGGAGGUGGAGGGGCCCGCGUCGGCGCCAGAGGACCAGCCAGCCCCGGGGCGCCGACUCUCUGCGCGAAGCUCCCCAAAGAACAUCCUGGGUGAGCCGACAGCCCCAGGGGAUGCCCUGCCGCCAGGCAGCUCCCCCCACACUCACAGGUACCAGCCAGCGCCAGCCAUGGCCAAGUACGUGAAGGUCCUCUACGACUUCACAGCGCGCAACGCCAAUGAGCUCUCGGUGCAGAAGGAUGAGGUCUUAGAGGUACUGGAGGACGGGCGGCAGUGGUGGAAACUGCGCAGCCGAAGCGGCCAGGCUGGCUUCGUGCCCUGCAACAUCCUGGCGGAGGCCCGGCCCGAGGAGGUCGGCGCCCCCUUAGACCAGGCCGGUCAGAGAUUCUGGGGACCCGCCAGCCCGACCCACAAGCUGCCCCCCACCUUCGCGGGGAGCAAGGAUGAGCUGAUCCACCACAUGGACGAGGUGAACGACGAGCUGAUGAAGAAGAUUAGCCACAUCAAGGUGCAGCAGUCCCGGCCCUUCCGCGUGGAGCGCAGCCAGCCUGUGCGCCUGCCGCUCACCUUCGAGUCGGGACCCGAUGAGGUCCGCGCCUGGCUGGAGGCCAAAGCCUUCAGCAGCCGCAUCGUGGAGAACCUGGGCAUACUGACCGGGCCUCAGCUGUUCUCACUCAACAAGGACGAGCUGAAGAAGGUGUGCGGGGAGGAGGGCGUCCGCGUGUACAGCCAGCUCACGGUGCAAAAGGCUGUCCUGGAGACACAGCAGAGCGGCUCAGAGCUGGAGGAACUCAUGAGCAAGUUUCAUUCCAAGAGCCAGAGGAGGGUGGAGGACAGCUAGACCUGGCUGCACGGCCGCCUGCUUCGUGGAGGAGUGCAGGCUGUGCUGGGCCCACCCACACAUGGGCUGUUAUCUUUGUGGGUGGAUUAUUUUAUAUCAAGGACUUGGGGGCCGAGAGGGGGUCACCUGCAUCCAGGCCCAGGCCUGGCCAGGUCCCUUGCCCACCCCCCGCCCAUACUAAGGACCAGCCAAACCUGUGCCCACCCCUGGGGCCUCAGCCUCCUGUCCCAGGCCACAGAGCUCCCCAGGGGACGGGUCUCCUCUGCUGGCCUCCCGUGCAUGGAAUGCUCCUGGCCGCUGUGAUGCUGACCCCCAGUCUGCCGACUUCUCCAUCUACCUGUCCGUCUGAUCCCCACACUGCAAGAGUGGUUGGAGCUCAGAGCUGGCUGGGCUGGUGUCCUGGGCUCCCGAUUUGUCCCCCACCCCGGGUGCUGCUUGGCAAGGGCAGCUGGGGCAGGGGCUCCAGGACCCUGUCAAGGUCUGAGGGUAGACUGGACACGAGGACUGGCCUCUGACACCUGACCCACAGAGCCCCGGAAGGACUGUCCCCUGACAUGUCCCAGGCCAGUGGAGCCCGGCCGCUGUGCUGGUGGCUGUGCCUCGGGGCUCCGGACCGAGUGUCACAGCCAGAGAUAAGACAGCGGGGCUCUGAGGCCACGGCAUUAAAACAGUUGUCUUCUCGAA